AUGGAUGACACGAAAAAACUUACUACACAAACGGCGAGCCACAAGAAUGUCCUUCCGGAUGUCGUACAUUUUCAACAGAUCCCUGUUAUGGAAACGGUAGCAGACGAUGAAACGGAAUCCGUCCCCGAUACUGGUCAGACCAUAGAAGGCCCGAAAUUGGAAAAUGUCGAGGAUUUUAGUAAAACGGAGUCCAUUUCUGAACAAGUUCCUUCCCAAAUAGAGUAUUCCAUGACUGAUUCCGAUAAUAUUAUUCAAGAGCAUGCAUCACAAGAACAUUUGAAUGUUGAAGUCAGUAAGCAAAAACCAAGUGAUAAUAGUUUGAACAUUCCUGCUACAACUAAUGUUAGAGGUAAUCUAGAUCAAGAAUCAUCUAGGCAUUCUUGGAAUCUUGAUGUUGAUCACAACAUUCACCUUAGUAAAGAAAGUCCAGUAAAUUUAGCCAUUUCUUCAGACUCUAAAGAUACUCAUAAUACAAAGUCAAUAGCUUCACAAUCUAGUGAGGAGGAAAAAGAGUUGCUUCAAAAUAAUGAAGAUGUAGUAUCUAAUCAGUCUUUGCAUACACAGGAAGUAAAGAGUAAUGAUUGUGAUAGUAAAGAGUCUCUUGGAAGUGAAUACCUCGAUUCUUUAAACAAUGAUGAAAAUAUGGAUUCCCCAAAAAACCGAAAUGAUGAAAUUGAAAAUAGCCCGAAUAAAAGCAACUCAGACUCUGAAGAGAUCAUAAAGCUCGACAUUAGAGGUCAUGGUGUACCGAAAUUUCCAAUUCAAGCUGCCAAAAUUAUAUUUGGACCGCCUCCAGAAGGUAGUACUGUAGUAGAUGCUCAAAUGGAACCAAUGCCUCCAUUUCAAAAUUUACUUUCCCCUUUUCUUGUUGGUGUUAGUGAUAGUGUUAAAGUUGAAGAGAUAUUUGAAGAAAUUGUGCAUAAUAAUGUACCGUCUUCACUAGACAAGUCUCCAGUGGAAAGUUUGUCGAGCGACAAAACUGAGAAGGACUUGUUGAUAGAAGAGAUGACUGUUGAUAACACAAAAGAGAAGGAAAAUAAUUUCGAGUCCUCUCCGAUACAGCCUAAGUCAUUGCAAGCAGAAGAUACAAUUUCAUUCAAUACAUUAACUACAGAUUAUAAGACAAUUUGUGAAGAAUAUGAAGCAAAGCUUGUGCACUUCGAGGACGCGAUCACGCGGCGCGACGAACUAAUCGACGAACUCACCGUCUCGUUACAGCGAUCGGUCCGCGAGCUCGACCAGCUCAGGGCUGACAACAACCACCUAACGCAGGAACUGCAGAGCCUGCAGCAUGCAGCCGCCGAGCGGCCGCAGUCCGAGAUGGACACGAUGAAAGCGCAGCUCUCCGACUAUGUAAAGUACCAGAGCAUGGUGAAAGGCGACAGCGCCAAGCUCUACUCGGCCGCGAUGAGUGGCACGACUUCCUUGCAGAGCUCGAACGGCGAAAAGGACCUCGACCAGGAGGAGAUCACAGUGAACUAUUCCAAGUCGGAUUUGAGAUCGUCCGAUUCGGAGGACUUCUUGAACGGCUUCGAGGCAAAGGUGGUCGCGCUGCUGAACAAGUUCGACGAGUACAUAGAGGAGAACUUGAGGAAUAAGUUGCGCGAGAGCAUCAUUCAGGUGCUGUGCGACGAAAUCGCCAAGAUGAGGAUCGACGCCGACACGGAUAUUAAGGACCUGGAAACGCAACUGCAACAGGACAAGCAAGCCUAUACAAUAGAGACCAGGCGCCUGAGGGAGCUCCUCUCGUCCGUGAAGGCGGGCGACGCCGACAUCGACACUCUGAGGGAGGAGCUCAGCCUGAAGCAUGAGAAAGAGAUGGAGAACCUCAGGACGUACUUCGAAAAGAAAUGCUCGGAUUUGGAACGGAGCUACUCGGAGGAUGUGUGGCGCGGGCGGGCGUGCUCCUCGCCGACGGGGGCGACGGCGGGGGAGGGCGACGCGGCGGGGGCGGGGGACUGCCGCCGCAGGACCAGGAGCGCCGAGCUGCCCUCGCUGGCACCGGAGUCCACAUCGAUGGAGCAGGCCUUGAAACAAGUGCACAGGAAGCACGAGCAGCAGCUGGAGGAGCUGAAAGGCGAGCACUUGGCCUACGUGAACGAGCUGCAAGUGAGGCACAGGGAGGCUGUCGCCUCUCUGGAGGAGCAACUCAACCAACUAAAGGCCGAGAUCCAGACCGCCGAGAACACAGAAGGCAACGUGUCAUUGUACCAGCAGGACAUAGAUUUAGAGUUGGAGAAGGGCGCGGCGGGCGGAGGGCGCGGCGCGGCCGACGAGACCGCGCGGCUGCAGCACUGUCCCGAACAAAACCUUAUCUUCGGCUCGCUUCGGUGGGUGCGUCAAACCCGGAACCGCGUGUGGUGCCAACGGGGCGCGCGGGGAAUGUCUGGGGAAGAGGCACGUGGGCACCUCCAGCGUUGGCCGACGGCCAGCUCCCACCACAUUGGUGAGAGACGCUCAGCUCCCAAUUGGAGCAAGGUCCCACAUAGUGACCGUUUUAUCUCGCGUACCGAGUCCCCGUUCGAUGCGGACUGUGGUGUUAAUUCAAGUGAUUCUCUCAUAGUCGUUAUUUGUGUAGUGCUGUGGUUACAGGGAGCUCUGUUGUUUGUCGUUGAUUACGCUGUGACGGUGCUAGUGGUGAUCUUGGUGAAGAACUCGCGUAUAGUUGAAAUUCCCUUCGCGGAAGCCUCGCAUUUAUGU